AUGCCACAUUUCAACCUUUUUAAAAAAAGGAAUAAGAAGAACAUAUUAUCCCUAAACAGUAACUGUAAUAAUAAUAUAAAAUCAUCGACUUCUCUUGGUUUAACCGCUGAUGAUUUACCUAAUAACAAUUUCAUUGCGGUCGUCGAUGUUGGUGUACAAAGCGUUAGAAAAAAUGGCAAAAGGAAAAAGAAUUGGAAGAAUGCAUUAAUAAGGUUACAUCAUAUCUGGCCAUCCACGACAAAUUGUUACUCGAGAAAAAAAAGGUCAUCAAGGAAUAAAAAGAUUUUACGAACUACUGAUAAAGAGAAUAUUACAAACACGUUUGAUGUAAUCGAAAAUAAUGUUUAUCGCGCUACAAAAAGUUCGAUUACGUCCUCAUCGACAACAGAAUACGAUCAGAAAAAUGAUUCAGAGAACGUUGUGGCAAAAGUUCAUAUAACUUCAAGAUUUAUUUCAACAAAGGCGGAUGUUCCAUUAAAGGAAGAUUUUCGUGACGAAGAAAUUGAUUUUGUGGAAAAUGAUAAAACGAAAACUACAUUAAUUGAAAGAUGUGCUACCAUUCCAAGGAGAUCUUCUGAAACCGAGGUAUUAGCCAGGAAAGGAAGAUUCACAAUCAUAAGAGAGGGGGAUAACAACAACAAUGUUUCUUCACGAACGGGGGAGGGUUAUAAAUCACUUUCUUCGUCAUAUUCAUCAUGUUGUACGAUAUCGCAAUCACGAUCUAGUAGUAGCUCGAGUCUUCCGGUGUCUUUAUCCGAAUUACCCGAUUCACCUUCCUUUAAGGGAUCAAUAAGAAUAAAAAGUCAUGAACAACUCUCACCAAUCUCACCUUAUUACUUGAAUUCUCCUAUAUGUUCUUCUCCUUUAUCGUCAAAUUAUUAUUACUACAAUAGUCUAAGUCCACGUAGAGCGUCCGAUUCAUUCGCUCAUCAUCAAAGUAAUUUGGUAUAUUUCAAUAACAAAUCAUUACCGUCAUCACAAUCGUAUCCUUGUUAUAAUAAACCGACCUUAUACAUCACCCCAUUACCCAAACCACAUUCAUCUCCAAUCCCAAUCCCAACUCCAAUUCUUGUCUCUUCAUCACUUAAACAAUCCCCUUUCACGUCCACAUUUAAUCGGCCAAAUAGCGUAAAUUCGCGCGACUCACUUUCACUUCCUGAUACUCCUUAUUCAUCAACUUCAACGACAACCACCACUUCAAUUGUUAGCACUCCAUCAGGCAGAAAAUUUGAAUUAGAAGGCUCUUAUUUUUCAAAUAAUUCAACAUUUUCACCUGGUUCUAAUAAUAAUUUUGGUCCAAAAAGAAGAAGGAAAUUUAUUGUUGAAACUUUUGAAUGA